GCCAAGUGGCUUCCGUGUUACCCUCAUACCAUAAGCCUGGUUUACACGAUUCCAAUGUCGUCUCUAAGAGGUCGCCUUGAUAGGUAUUCCAACCCACACUAGAUUGCCAUCAAAUGAUCAUUUGUCAAGAUGAGUAGAUGUUAGCUCAAACAUUUGAGAGUGUUGCACUCCUUCGUUAGCACGCCGGAUUUCAUUGGUUCGUCUUUGGUAUACCGCUUUCUAUCUUAAGAACUAAGCACCUUCAAGUGAAGGAUUUAGCGUAGUAUAUUGACGAGGCUUCCACCGAUAUCUGCCCCCAUCCUCACCGCUCCAUCGCGACUCGCCCUUUAAACACACGACGUUGAAGCAUCUUCUCUUAAGAUCAAAUCGCGCUACACCCUCCUUAAGAUACUGGCCAAUUUUCCAACCACUUCGGGGGCUAAAUUGGGUAUUCAAGCAUAUUAGAAAGUUAUGAAUGCUCUUACCAGAACUCGUAUCGACGAUCGAUGUGGCGAUAUGUCCAGUAGGGUCAGGCGGUGAACCCGAUGCCCCGCAUAUAAAUAUCAGAGGAAAAAACUCAACAUUAGCAUAAAAAUGGAAUACAGAGCAGCAUAUUUCAGUAAAUUUCCUCAUUAUGUCGAACUCAUUCGGUGCUAUCCCGGUACUUCCGCUAAACAACAUGCAGCUGCACAACAACGUUGCUCGCCAAACUCCAACUGCCCCUUAUAAGCCGCAAUUACAUCCUAACAUAUACGAAAGGAUUUCAACUGCCAAGAAAGCAGCCGGCUUAGAGGAGGAGGAUAACUUCUAUACAGACGAAGACAUCGUGAACUACGCGCCUCGUGGCUGGCCUAAUAUAGCGUCGCGGCAGACGUAUUUUGGCAACCAUAACAGCCAUAGGGGCUUCGAACCCCUGACGCACUACCUACUCACGUCUUACGAACUAAAGCUCUCCGUCAUCGAGAAUGAACUAGACGAGAUGAACUGCGAGGAUGUAAAAGAGGGAGGAGAGCCCCUAUGGUCGCUUCCUUUUGACCGCCAGCAAUUCAUCACCCGUUGCCGUCAGGGGGUUGGACAUCUGCCGCCACAAUGUUCGGGGUCAAACUUGGACGAGAUCGACCGUGCGACGCAGAGGGAGAAUAUGACCAUGAGCGCUAGGAGUUUACUCAACGAAUACUUACAGCUUCUUCUCCUGCAGCGCGACAUCAAGAAACUUCCGCGCGUGUCUCGGAGCGCACACGAGGCGCACUUCAACAUGGCACAGAGAGACCAAGGGCUUAAUGAUCAGGCGUGCACAUUUAUGCGCUACAUCGACGAUUUCGUCAGUACCGAGCCAGACGCGUUUUUCCGGCGGUUCGAAUCUUUACUGUACUAUUCAAACGAUCGCCGGUUCAUGAAACCACUGAAGUAUCUCUGUCGCUUUUUCAGCCGAUCUACUCUUCCUUCCUCCAUCCCUCCUGACGGCCCGCACAUGACUUAUAGCCUGCGGCCUCCCCGGUUAUUCAUCAAAGCCUUUCUUGCUAUUGGCAGUCUGUUGCUCUCGCUACUGCCUAUCGCGCUCCUAUUUUUAGAGACGAACUGGUCGCGCGCAGAGUACUUGGCCGUUGUCGUCAUUUCCUCCGCCAUUUUCGCUCUUGUCAUACUAGCCUUUGAACCCCGUACAGUGCCUAUGCUAGUCAGUCUUAAUGCAUACUUCGCCGUACUCUCCACGUUCUUAUCGAACUUACCUAUGUAGUCACGAUAUGACCUGAGACGGGGGCGAUAUUAUGGUGAGCUAAGCUCUAGUUUGCUACCGGGGGAUGAUUAUGUGUGUGAUGGAGGGAUGACGGAAAUGAGUGAUGAAAAGGGGUCACGACAAGAAAGGCUAUUUUAGGUCGGAAGAGCCUAAUAGUCUUCACGAAUAGAUAUUAUACAUAGUG